UCUUUUACCUUCUUUCUGUUUCUACACAAAUUUUCAUACCACAAAUAACAAACAAAACCUAACCAAACCAGAUAUAUAGAAACACCUGCAUAGGGAACUACCCUCAUCUCAUCCAUCCCUUCUUUCCCAAAAACCCUAAUUUCAGGAAAACAAAAAAAAAAAAAACCAAACCCUAAUUUCCCCAAAUUCCAAACUUUCUUGAUCACAAAUUAGGUCAAAACUAUGUGGAUGACAAGAGGAUACACCGGCGCCGCCGACGAACACUUCACCGCCAUUCAAGAUUCCUUCGCCGGCCGGAGGCUCCGGCCCCUCAUGCCGAGACCGGCCGCGAUCUACGGCCACGAUCUUCUUGCCCUAAACCAUCACUUAAUUGGUGAGUCUCAACAAAAGCAUCAACAAGUCGUAGUAAGUUCGCGAUGGAACCCUACGCCGGAGCAGCUACAAACCCUAGAGGAAUUAUACCGGAGGGGUACCCGAACCCCAUCUGCCGACCAAAUUCAGCACAUCACUUCCGAGCUACGGCGCUACGGCAAGAUCGAGGGCAAAAAUGUCUUUUACUGGUUUCAGAAUCACAAGGCGAGAGAACGUCAGAAGCGCCGCCGUCAGCUGCCGCCGGAUCACUCCUCCGACGAGCAAUGCAGCCAUGGAGACAACAAGAAAGACUCAUCAAGUGCAGCAGGAGCAGGAAACAGAAGAGCAAUUGAAGUUGAAAAGACCAAGAACUGGGCAUCUUCUACAAUGGCAGAGGCAUUUAAUUAUGAUCAGAGAAGUGCUUCAGCAGAAUCUAAAGGGCUACUGAUCGAUGGAGACAUGACUGUAGACUCCCGACACCAUAGGAAUGCCACGUGGCAGCCAACGGAUAAUUUGUCUUAUUCUGCCGCCGCCGCCACCACCACCGCCACCGCCGCCCCCCUAAUUAUCAACAGCAACCCCUCUUCCUCUACUUCCACUUCCUCUAUUGCCAUUGCAGAUGCCAAUUUAGGCACUGUUCAUUCAGAAAUGACGCAUUUUGUUGACAAGAAUAGUCUUGAUUCUAUCUGCGUAUUUGUCGAAGCCCUUUGCGACCGAUAUAGGGAUGAGGAUGAGGCCGAGGCACAAACUCUUCAAUUGUUCCCUCUUCGGGGCGAUGAGGAGAACAAAAACGAGGAUGAAAUUGAAGAUUGGAUUAGGGUUCCGGAUCCGGAUAGGGUGGGAGUUGCGAAUGAUGUUGCCACUUAUCAAUUCUUCGAGUUUCUUCCGAUGAAGGAUUGAAUUUUAUUUUUAUUUUUAUUUUUUUUGUGUGUGUUAUUUGAAGAUGAUUAAUAAUAGAAUUUUAGAGAACGAUAUAUGAUGUGAUUGCAUAUUGGGUGAAUUGGGAUUCGCUUGACGCGAAAGAAUUUUAUUUUCUUAAAAUGCGCCUUGUUGAAGAGCUCGAGCUUGGUUUGUAUUCGUUCG